GUGUAACGAGCUUUACGGAUGUCCCCCACGUUGUCGGCCCUGCUAAAAAAAAAAACAACAAAAACACGUCGAGGUUUAUUCAGCUAUUCACUUCAGAGACAGAAACAUGGUGGGGAAGAUAAAACAUGUCCGCCAGAAGCUUCACCAGGAGGCUGUGAAGCUCUCCCGGCCUGAGAGCUUCUGUCAGCCCGGCACUGCUCGGCUGCCCGACACUUUACUGAAGCCUCCAUCACUGGAACCACAGAGGAAAACACCUGAAGAAAACAUCCAGAGUCACUCUGAGGGGCCCAAACAGGUUCUGGUUCAGAGCUCCCUCCCCUCCAGCAUCUUUGCUGGCACUAAGAUUUCUCCAGAGGCCCUGGUUCAAACCCUGAAGUUUGAGGAACUUCCACGUGUUGCCUUACCUUCUAAGAAAGGCACAGAAGAAAAGAAAAUCAAGUCGAAGAAAGAGAAAAUGAAGGAACGGAGAGAAAAUUGGCUCAACAAGAUCAGCUUCAUCAAGAAGGCCAAGGAGCAGCAGGAAGCUGAGGCCCGGCGACGGGCCACGCCUGUGGUGGGAGACAUGAGGCCACUGGCUGACGCUUUACCGGAGCUCUGUCAGCUCAUUGGCCCCACUGCCGCACCUGUUACAUCCUGCCGAAAAAGCAGGAAAAACAAAACGCCCGUGAAGAGACCUCAGCCAACUGACUUCAGUCAAAUGAAACGGUCACAGAAACGUAAACUCCUGGAGGCCGAGAGCAGUCGGUUCAUCGAUGCCGUGAAGAUGCUCUCCUCCAGGAAGAACCCUUUGGUUGACAUCGGGGAGCAGCUGAGGAAGAGGAUGAGGCAGGAGGAAGAGCAAAGCUCUGGUUAACAACAGUUGAACUCAGACUGAAGUUCAUCCACAGACAUGAACAGUUUGUGUAGAAAACUUUUAUAUAGCCCAAAGGACGGCACGCCUGUGACCUGUCGGCUGAAGAGCGCUACUUGAAAACUUUGUGUGUAUUCGUAAAUGAUGCCUGUAAUUUAUACCCUUGUAACGUUUUCUAAGAUGCAAAAUUUGUGUGUUUGGAAAUGGGGCCUCAUUUCUUUCAAUAUACACAUUUGUUUUUAGUUGACCCCGAGUCUAGUGUAACUCUUUGCGUUUUCCAUUCCAGAGAGGUAAGUGAUAGUCAGUCUAUCACCAUGAUAACAAACUCUGAAUAAACCUUCUCCCAAGCAGGUUUACCGACAGUAUCCCCGAGUUUUUACCAAUCUUCUUCCAGGUGAAACAUCUGCGCAACGAGUUGUUUAUUUUAAACUUAUCCAACAGGCCCAGAGUACUUUGUUUUUAUUCUUCGAUAUGUUUCAGUCUGAAUCACGCAUUUAUUCACAGACCAGUGUUUCCCCUACUAUUAUACAAGC